GACAUAGUCGUGCUUUAUCCAGGUUUUAUCAUGUGGCGGAAUGGCAGUUAUUACGUGAAAUAAAUGCGAUGGCUUGUAAAAUACAUCAUAAGUAGUUUAAUUGUUCGUUGCACCAUGUUAUAUAUUCCGCCAAUAAAGGCAUGGACGUCUCAUAGCUGUUAAUCUGUGUGAUGUUCUUCAGGAGCAUGUGGCUGCCCUAACGCUGGUGUUAAGUCGAUCGUGUUGACAUGGCGAUGCAGCGUGGACCCAGGCUGCUGUCCAGACUGUUUGGGGUCAGGCCCCGUUGCGGCAGAAGCAGAUGCUCCUCAGCCAAACCCAGUCCUCAGGACGACCCUCUGUCGGAGACGCGAUUCAACCAACUGAAGAUCCAGAUGCUGUCCAGGAACCUGCAUGAGCAGAUUUUCCGCGGAAGGGUGGAGAGCCAAGGGGAGCGCGAGGUGGAGCGGAGCAUACAGCACCUGCAGAAGCACCACCUGUGGGGCCGGGAGACUCCUCCUCUGCCCGACGUGCAGCUGCGCCUGCCCAGCAUGUACGGCAGUGACAUCGACCAGCACUUUCGCAUCCUGGCCCAGAAGCAGAGCCUCCCUUACCUGGAGGCGGCCAGUGAGCUGCUGCAGGCCCCUCUGCCCCCUGUGCCUGAGGACUGGGCCUGGGAGACAGGCUGGACCCACUACGGCCCAGAGGGGGAACGCAGCAGGGUGGACUUCCCUGACGAGCUAGCCCUGGUGUUUGAUGUGGAGGUGUGCAUGUCAGAGGGACACUGCCCCACACUGGCUGUGGCGGUUUCUCCAACUGCCUGGUACUCUUGGUGCAGUAGGAGGCUGAUCGAAGACAGGUACACCUGGUCCAGUCAGCUGACCCUGGCUGACCUCAUCCCUCUGGAGACUCCACCCAACAGCAGCCGCCCCCCUGCAGGACAGUGGAAGGAGAGGUUGGUGGUGGGACACAACGUCAGUUUUGAUCGCAGUCUCAUCAAAGAGCAGUACCUACUGAAGGGUUCCAAAAUGCGCUUCCUGGACACGAUGAGUAUGCACAUGGCUAUUUCUGGUCUGACUGGCUUCCAGCGCUCCCUCUGGUUGGCCAGAAAGCACGGAAAGAGGCGUGGUCUACAGGAGGUGAAAGAGCACUUGAAGAAAGCUGGCCGAGUCAAGGAGGGGCCAGGGAUUGGCGGGUGGGACUGGGUGGAGCUCAGCAGUGUGAAUAACCUGGCGGAUGUGCACGCUCUGUACGUGGGUGGAGCUCCCCUGCAGAAGGAGGCUCGGGAGAUCUUUAUCAAAGGCAACAUGGCUGAUGUCAGAGACAGCUUCCAGGAGCUGAUGAGGUACUGCGCCCUUGAUGUCCAAGCCACUCACCAAGUGUUCACAGAGCAGCUACCCCUAUUUAUGGAGAGGUGUCCCCACCCAGUUACAUUUGCAGGGAUGUUGGAAAUGGGAGUGUCCUACCUACCUGUCAAUCAGAACUGGGAGCGGUAUUUGGAGGAAGCGCAGGGCACAUUUGAGGAGCUGCAGAGGGAGAUGAAGAAGUCUCUGAUGAGCCUGGCGGAUGACGCCUGCCAGCUGAGUGAGGAUGAGCGAUAUAAAGAGGACCCUUGGCUUUGGGAUCUGGAGUGGGAUGUGCAGGAGUUUAAGCAGAAAAAGUCACCGGUCAGGAAGAAGAAGCCAGUUAAACCGGAGACCCCAGAAGAGAGCAGCAAUAUGGCUGACUUGGACCAAGACCCGGGCCCACCCCCGGAGGAGGACAACACAGCGCCUCCUGCCAGCAGAGCAGUGCUGGAGCAACUGAAGGAGACCGUAAGCCGCUUACCCAAGAGGACACAGCACCUUCCUGGGCAUCCAGCAUGGUACCGGAAGCUGUGUCUGAAGAUGUCGGAGGAGGCCUGGUCCCCCGGGCCCGGGCUCAUCAGCCUGCAGAUGAGGGUCACGCCCAAACUGAUGGGGCUGAGCUGGGAUGGCUUCCCCCUGCACUACACGGAGCAGCACGGCUGGGGGUACCUGGUCCCCGGCCGCAGGGACAACCUGCAGGAGGAGGAGCCCGGCGAGGGGGCCGUGUGUCCUCACAGGGCCAUUGAAAGGGUGUACAGGCAGAGCUGUGAGAGUCAGGAGGAGCAGGACAAGGACCGGUUGCUCUUGGAGGACUACAUGUUGACCGACAGUAGUGUGUGGCAGACGGUGGAGGUACUGAGUCAGCAGGAGGUUUUCAGUGAGCUGGACACUGUGGAUAAGAAACGUGGGAAGACAGAGAAACCAGAGCAUCCAAACGAACAGACGCAGAGCCAGUGUCCCUCUCACCAUGGUAACGGGCCAUACAAUGAUGUUGAUAUCCCAGGCUGCUGGUUUUUUAAACUACCUCAUAAGGACGGGAACGAUAAUAACGUGGGAAGCCCAUUUGCCAAGGACUUCUUGUCCAAGAUGGAGGAUGGCACUUUGCAGGCUGGGCGUGGGGGCACCAGUGCUACCCGAGCUCUCGAGAUCAACAAGAUGAUCGCGUUUUGGAGGAACGCCCACAAACGCAUCAGCUCACAGAAGGUGGUUUGGCUCAGGAAAGGGGAACUGCCACGGACCGUCAGCAGACACGCUGAUUAUGACGAGGAGGGGCAGUACGGGGCCAUCUUGCCCCAGGUGGUCACCGCGGGAACGGUCACAAGAAGAGCUGUGGAGCCUACCUGGCUGACUGCCAGCAAUGCCAGGGGUGACCGGGUCGGUAGUGAGCUGAAGGCGAUGGUGCAGGUGCCUCCUGGGUACCACCUGGUGGGGGCUGAUGUGGACUCACAGGAGCUGUGGAUCGCCGCCCUCCUGGGAGAGGCGCACUUCGCUGGUCUCCAUGGCUGCACGGCGUUUGGCUGGAUGACCCUGCAGGGGAAGAAGAGUGACAGUACAGACCUGCACAGCCGCACGGCGGAGGCGGCGGGGAUCAGCCGGGAGCAGGCCAAGGUGUUCAACUACGGCCGCAUCUACGGAGCAGGCCAGCCAUUCGCCGAGCGCCUGCUCAUGCAGUUUAACCACCGCCUCAGCCAAUCGGAGGCCGCAGACAAAGCCCGACACAUGUACGCUGUCACCAAGGGGAUCCGCAGGUACCAGCUGUCGGAGGACGGGGAGUGGCUGGUAAAGGAGCUGAAUCUGAAGGUGACGCAGGAGGAGGACGGCAGCGUGUCUCUGCAAGAGCUGCGCAGGAUCCAGAGACUGGCCUCGCAGAAGUCGAUCCGUGGGCGGUGGGACAUUGCAGAGAAGCGUGUGUGGUCAGGCGGGACGGAGUCGGCCAUGUUUAACAAGCUGGAGAGCAUCGCUCAGUCAGCAGAGCCCAGCACCCCGGUCCUGGGCUGUCGUAUCAGCCGUGCCCUGGAGCCACGCUCUGUCAACAACGAGUUCAUCACCAGCCGGGUGAACUGGGUGGUGCAGAGCUCAGCAGUGGAUUACCUGCACCUGAUGCUGGUGUCGAUGCGCUGGCUGUUUGAGGAGCACGACAUCGACGGGCGCUUCUGCAUUAGCAUCCAUGACGAGGUGCGCUACCUGGUCAAGACCGAGGACCGCUACCGUGCCGCACUGGCACUGCAGAUCACCAACCUGCUCACACGGUGCAUGUUCUCCUAUAAGCUGGGAAUGCUGGACCUUCCCCAGUCGGUAGCCUUCUUCAGCACUGUGGACAUCGAUCAGUGUCUGCGCAAGGAGGUCCACAUUGACUGCAGAACCCCGUCCAACCCCACGGGCCUUCAGCGCAGAUACGGCCUGCUGCAGGGUGAGGCUCUGGACAUUUAUCAGAUCAUCAAGAUCACACAGGGCUCUCUGGCCAAAGGAACACAAAAAAACGAAGUCAUUUCCAAAAACCGCAUCCAAUCAGAGCAAGGCUGAGUUACAAAGGAGCCAACCAGAGAGUCCAUAGUGAGAAGCAGACUGCUGGAGCAGCCAAUCAGAGUUUGCUGAGCUGGGGUGGAGUCACUGCUUCCGUCUCUUUUUUUGAGGCCUCUGGCUCUCCUGCCUCUGGCUCUCCUCUGACUCCUGAGUGACUGCAGUCUGAAACAAACAUCUUGGACUCAACACAUGGGACUGGUACAGAUGUAUCACAGAUACAUGCAGCCUAGUCUAACCAUAUUGACUACAUCCUGUAAAUAUACUGUGAUAAUAAAAGAAACAAACAAGUGGUGA